AUGUCUCGACCAAGAGGCGCUUCAAGCCCACGACUCGAGAUACCAAGGAAGAGUGUUGAACUUGAAGAUCCGGGAGCCACCAACCUACAAUCUUCGGAAGACGAAUACUUCUCAGACGCCUCAGAGGGACGGCGCCGGGCAUCGAGACCUCAGACGCCGGCCUCACCCAUCCCGCGAACGAGAAUUGAGAGGGUCGAUGACACCCCAGCUUACGGAGAAGUUCCUGGCACAGCAGCAUACGCACGCAGAGCUCAGGAUGCCGUUCCUGAUGAGGUCGAAGUCACCGGAAGGUUGAGCAGGCGAUCGAGCCAAUACCUUGAGCCACCCACUACGCCGGGAGGCACUCUCAUUCCCCGCACGGUUGUUGAAAAAGUAGACCCUUCGUCUCCUAGCUACGGCGAGGCACCUGGCAGCAAAGGCUUUUCUCACCGUAAGGCCGAUUCUGUUCCUGACCUGGUUCUGAAGGCUCCUGAGCCCGGAAAAAGAAAGGGCCCGGAACACGGGACCUCGCCUUCAAGUGGCCAAAGUCCACCAGUACCCGAGACCAUAGUCACCAGAGUUGACAGCAAUCCUGCUUACGGCGAAGUGGACGGUACCAAAGCCAAAGAACGCCGGGAGAAGGACGCGGAGCCUGAUGUCCUAGAGGUCCAGCAUGAGUCAGGCGCACAGGCUGGCGCCGAUGAUGACUUUGACGACUUUAACGACGACUUUGAACAGCCUGGGAUGCAGGAACAAGCCGUACCCGAAUCAACGCAGCACAUAUACCCCUUGAUCGAUUUUAACGCUCUCUCUGAUCUGCCAGAGCUUUUGGUCGCUACCCAACAACACCUCGACGCUAUGUUCCCAUCAACAACAGAACAAGCUCUUGCCGACCUCCCUACGCCUCCGCCAAUUGACAACGCAUCGCCCAUAUUUCCCUCCGAACGGUCUCGAUCGCUAUGGAAGCAGCUUGUAACUCCACCACCUCUACAGCCCCCGAACUGGACGCAAUCACGAAUCAGGCGAUUGUUCCUAGUGAGCCUAGGGGUACCUGUAGACCUGGACGAGAUUCUACCACCUUCGAAGCAGAAGAAGCUGGUGUUGCCUGACAUCAACCUUGAGCCUCCACGGAAAUCUGAGUCGGAGAAGCCGGGAUCGAUUGCCCGGCUGAAGCAACAAGCUGCCAACGACUCAACAGCAUCUUUGGACAGCAAUCAAUCCGGGAAAGAAGGCAAAGCUCGCACAAGAAGGACCAAAGGUCCGCCGCCACCGCCAGAUGUUGAUUUGUUUGCUGUGAGGCGCCUGGCCGCCACCACGGACGAGAAGCUGGACGGUCUGACACAAGAAGAGCUGAACGCACAUGUAAAGAACCUGAAAGCAACGACAGAAACAACUGCGGAACUGCUCGAGUAUUGGCUAAAGCGAAGAGACGGGCUACGAAAAGAAAAAGAGGCAUUCGAAGGUGUUAUUGAGAACCUCAUCCGACAUAUGAGGAAGUAG